AUGACGUCCGCCAGGCCUUCUCCCAUUCAGCGCCUCGUGCCCACGAUGAAGUCCUUCGUGCGGAACUACUCUGCCCCAGGCGAGGGCUCCAUCCCUCCUGCCAAGGCAAAAUACGUCCCCACCUCAGGCACCUACCCCAAGGGCUUCCUUGCCGCGAGCGCCCACGUAGGCGUCAAGGCCUCCAACACGCGUUUCGACGACCUCGCAUUGAUAGCCUCUGAGUCGCCGUGCGCGGGUGCUGCGGUCUUUACCAAAAACAAGUUCCAGGCUGCACCGGUCACGGUGAGCAGGGACAUGCUUAAGAAAAGAGGGGGCAGCGGAAUCAGGUCCGUCGUCGUCAAUUCGGGCUGCGCAAACGCCGUGACCGGUAAGGGUGGCAUUGAGGAUGCCAUUGCUAUGGGCAAGAAGGCGGACGCGUGUUUUGCGGGGGCCAAGGAUGGCGAUGACAGCUCGAGCAUUGUCAUGAGCACGGGUGUUAUUGGCCAGCGCCUUCCUAUUCAGAAGAUUCUUGACAAGAUCCCCACCGCGCAUCAGGGACUGGGCAACGCACACUCGAACUGGCUCGGCGCCGCCCGCGCCAUCUGCACUACGGACACCUUCCCGAAGCUUCUCUCCCGGCAAUUCACCCUCUCUUCCGCUCCUGGCACCACGUACUCGAUAGCAGGCAUGACCAAAGGCGCUGGCAUGAUUCAUCCGAAUAUGGCCACUCUUCUUGGCAUCAUUUGCACUGACGCUCCAAUUGCUCCAUCGGCUCUUCAAUCCCUACUUACCGCUGCUGUGACCAAAUCCUUCAAUUCCAUUUCCGUCGAUGGAGACACGAGCACGAACGACACUGUGGCCAUUCUUGCCAACGGCGCGGCUGGGGGCCAGGAGAUCACUUCCGCUUCCGGUGCCGCCUAUGGUGAAAUUGAGAACAUCUUGACCAAGUUUGCCGCCGACCUCUCCCAGCUCGUGGUCCGUGACGGCGAAGGAGCGACCAAGUUUGUCACCAUCCGUGUUACCAACGCUGCCACCUACGAGGACGCCAAGAAGGUUGCUUCCACGAUUGCCCGUUCCCCGCUAGUCAAGACGGCUCUCUACGGCAAGGACGCCAACUGGGGCCGCAUUCUGUGCGCUACGGGCUAUGCCGACGGCGUGGAUAGCGUUGUCCCUGAGCAGACGAGCGUCAGCUUCAUCCCCACUGAUGGCUCCGCGGAACUCAAGCUGCUGGUAAGGGGUGAGCCAGAAAAAGUAGAUGAAGCUCGUGCUGCGCAGAUCCUCGCCCCCGAGGAUUUGGAGAUUUUGGUUAGGUUGAGCGAGAAGCCUGGCGCGGAGGCCGUAUACUGGACCUGCGACUUCAGCCACGAAUAUGUUACGAUUAAUGGCGACUAUAGGACGUGA